AUGUCAUCAAACCAAAUUUAUUCAGCAAAAUACUCAGGAGUUGAUGUAUACGAGUUCAUUCAUCCUACUGGCUCAAUCAUGAAGCGGAAGGCUGACGAUUGGGUCAAUGCGACACACAUUCUCAAAGCUGCGAAGUUUGCUAAAGCCAAGAGGACAAGGAUAUUAGAGAAAGAGGUUAUUAAGGAUAUACAUGAGAAAGUGCAAGGUGGGUUUGGAAAAUAUCAAGGGACAUGGGUUCCGUUGGAUAUUGCUCGUAAGCUAGCGGUCAAGUUCGAUGUACUCGACGAAUUGCGGCCCUUAUUUGACUUUAGGCAAGUUGAGGGCUCAGCUUCUCCUCCUCAAGCCCCUAAACAUCAUCAUGCAUCCAGAAGUGACUCUACCAAAAAGCGAGCUGCUAAAGGUGGCCUAGUUACAAAGAGCAAAAACUCUGAAUCUUCGAGUUCUUCUUCUACGCCAACAGUUCCAAAAAGAAGGGGACGGCCUCCAUCAAACAAAAAUAAGAAGGCAGCUGCAAACUUACAGCGAUCGCAAAGUGAUAUGGUAUUCCCUCGACCAGCAAUUCCAGUUUCGAACAUUUCUUCCACUAAAUUGCCAUCUAUACAAAGCCCACUGCAAAGAACAAUAAGUUUGGAUCCCGUUAUCAUGAGGGAAUCCGGUGUUUCGCAGCCGUUCAAAGAAUUGGACAUAGAAGAUGGACUGUCAAGUGAUAUUGAGCCUUCGCGGGGCGUUAAACAUCAACACGAAGGAUCAUCCUCUUCUUCUCUGCCGACUUCCCCCAGUGGGCUUUCGGAGGAUAACACAUUCGAUCAAAGAACAAUUGGUGGUACCAUAGACCAGGAUGAACUGGGGAGUGCUACGUCGCCAGUAUCUGCUAUGAUUCCUCGAUUUCCAACCCAAACGAGCUCACAAAGCUCCGAGAAUAACUCAAAGGUAAGCGAAUAUCUCUCAAGAUUGGUUGAAUAUUUCGUAUCAAGUGAAUCUCAUUCAGAUUAUAACGUCCCAGAAGAAAUACUUUAUCCUCCCGCUAACAGCGCUCCUUAUAUUGAUGCAUGGAUUGAUCAUGAGCAACAUACUGCAUUUCAUUGGUCUUGUGCUAUGGGUAACAUCGCAAUUGUUGAAGCACUUCACAAUGCCGGGGCAAGUAUUAGAUCUGUGAAUGCACAAGGUGAGAAUCCAUUGAUGAGGUGUUCUAUUUUUCAUAACUCUUUUACGAGGCGAACAUAUCCUCGCAUUUUCCAGCUACUGCAUGACACUGUUUUUGAUGUCGAUUCACAACUCCAGACAGUUGUCCACCAUAUUGUGAGACGCAAAUCGUCCACUCCUUCUGCUGUUUACUAUUUGGACAUUCUUCUAUCAAAGUUAAAAGAUUUUUCUCCACAGUAUAGAAUAGAGUGCUUGAUCAAUGCUCAAGAUCAACAAGGAGACACUGCAUUACACAUUGCUGCUCAAAACGGCGACAAAGUUUUUUUUCAAACAUUAGUGCAGCAUGGUGGUCUUUUGACCAUAAAAAAUAAUCAAGGUUUAACACCUACUGAACUUAUGAAUCUAAAUUACACAUCAUCGCAACAUCCAGGAAUGACCAACGGAAAGCCAAAAUCCAGUUUACCCCCUUCUUCUCCUUCUGAAUUUCUGAUGUAUCCGUCACAGGCAGCCACACGCUUAAGCAGAGGAAUACCAGAAGUUGUUAAUUUGAUGAAGGAGAUAGCAGACUCAUACAAUCGACUUCAUCAGGCGCGGGAUAUUGACGCCAGGAAUUUAGAAAAAACGUAUUUGAGCAUGUCAAAAACGAUUUCUACAGUGGAGUUCAAAAUAAUGGAAGUGCUUGGACUAGAGGAUCUGAGCGAUGUUGAUAGCGUUUUGGAAAAGAAGAACUCGGAUCUCAACGCACUUCGAUCCAAUCUAGUUUCUCUCAGAAAAGAUUUGAUCAAUAGGUUGGAGAGAAGCCAAUCAAAACAACUUGCUCAGUUUAUUCAGGAGGAGGAGAUCAAGCUUUCACCCAACUCCAAAGAUCAAGAAACGGACCGUAUGAAGCAGGUGACGCUUGCACUUGAGCUGGCUCAACUGCAGAUACGACGUAAAAAAAAGAUGACAGAGAUUUUGGAAGUGAUUGCAGAUAACGCUAAGAUUCACAAAUACAGGAAGAUGAUUUCCCAAGGUACUGAAAUGGAUAUUGAAGAGGUUGACGGCUCUCUGGAUAUUAUUUUGCAAAGUCUAAAUAGUGAGUAA